AUGUCUUCUAUCACCCAAAAUGACCUUGCGACUCUAGACGAUGGCUCUAAGAAAGAGAUCAUGACUUUCUUGGAGGCCGAAAACUCCAAACAAAAAGUUCAAAUGUCUAUCCAUCAAUUCACUAACAUAUGUUUUAAACAAUGCGCUACUUCUGUUAACAACGGAAACCUAAGCUCUCAAGAGGAGACAUGUUUGAAAAACUGUGUCAACCGCUUUUUGGAUACCAACAUCAGAAUCGUGAAAGGUCUGCAAAGUAUUCAAUGA